AUGUCGGCCUUCGACGAGCAGAAGAUCGCUGCUCAGGUGGCUACUCUACCUGACGAGUAUCCGGAGGUGACGGGCGAAGAUGAGGCUGUCAUCGAAGAAAAGAAGGGAACGCAGUUCGAUCAGCGCGACAUGUACCGGAUGGGCAAAACACAAGAGCUGCGAAGAAACUUCCGAUUCGUCAGCAUUUUCGGUUUUACCAUGGUGUUAAUGGCUACUUGGGAGUCAUCCUUGACGGCCAAUAUCUUCGGUCUGAUCAACGGUGGCACAGCCGGCCUAAUUUGGGUGUACAUAGGCACCUUUUUCGGCUUCCUGUGCGCCGUCAUCUCCAUGGCCGAGAUGGCCUCAAUGGCACCAACAACCGGUGGCCAAUAUCACUGGGUGUCCGAGUUUGCGCCAAGAUCCGCGCAGAAGUUCCUUUCCUACAUUGUCGGCUGGCUCUGCGUGCUCGGCUGGCAAGUCGGCAACGCAUCGCUUGCCUUCCUCGUAUCAGGUCAAAUCCAGGGCCUUCUCAUCCUGACUAGCGAGAGCUACGUCCCGCAACGCUGGCAUGGCACGAUGCUGGUCAUCGCCAUCAACCUCUUUGCCCAGGCUUUCAACACCUUCCUUGCACGCAAGUUACCGCUCGUUGAGGGCAUUGUGCUUAUUCUCCACAUCUUCGGUUUCUUCGCGAUCUUGGUGCCCCUGUUGGUCCUCGGCGAGCGUGCGCCAGCCAAGGAGGUCUUUACCACUUUCACCGAUGGCGGUGGGUGGGGCAACACAGGUCUAUCUUGCCUUGUCGGCAUACUGACACCCGUGUUCUCGUUCAUCGGUCCGGACAGCGCGACACACAUGUCCGAGGAACUUCGAGAUGCGUCCAAGACCCUCCCGCGUGCUAUGGUUGCGACGGCUCUUGUCAACGGCGCGUUGGGUUUCGUGAUGGUUGUCUCUUUCUGCAUGGUCCUCGGCAGCCCGGAGGAAAUUUUGGCUUCGCCAACCGGCCAACCGUUCAUCCAGGUCUUUUACAACGUUACCCAGUCGUACGCCGGCACUAGCGUCAUGACUGCCAUCCUCAUUGUUAUGGCUACCUUUGGUACUGUUACAAACGUCGCCACCUCGUCCCGUCAAGUCUGGGCUUUCGCUCGUGACCGGGGUCUGCCGUUCAGCCCGUUCCUCGCACAUGUCCGACCUGGCUGGGACAUCCCCCUCAACUCCGUCCUGCUUUCAUUCCUGAUCGCCUGCCUGCUGGCCCUCAUCAACAUUGGCAGCACCGCCGCCCUCAACGUCGUCACCUCACUCGGCACCGGCGCGCUCAUCAGCUCCUACAUCAUCUCCAUCUCGUGCAUGGUCAUCAAGCGCUGGCGCAACGAGCCCUUCCCGCCGUCGCGCUUCACGCUCGGCCGCUGGGGAAUGCCGCUCAACAUCUUCAGCGUGCUGUUCCUAUGCCUCGUGUUCGUCAUGAGCUUCUUCCCCAUCACGCCGUACCCGACGGUCGUAACCAUGAACUGGAACAUACUGGUAUACGGCUGUGUCGUCUCGUUCGCAUGUAUUUACUUCUUCUUCAAGGGUAGGCACCAGUAUGCCGGCCCGGUCGAGUAUAUCAAGAAGGACUAUUAG